AUGGGUCGCGCCAAGGUGAUAAGGAAGCCCCACUUGCAUCGUCCUUCGAGGGAUCGUAUCAAUCCAGAGGAUUUCUAUUGGACCAAAGAGGAGGUAAAGCGAUCCAUUCAGCGAUGGUCCUUUCUCUGGGAACCGAUUUCGGAUUCCGAUUCGGAGAGAAGUUCCAUGGGAGAUGGGAAGCCUCCCCUGAAGGAACUUUCUGCCUAUGGAGACUGGCGUGUGCCGGAGGGGAUGACCUACGACUUCCAGACGACUGGCCGCCAGAUCCUCAAGAAUCUGAGCAACUUUCCCUAUCCCGAGAUGAUUCUUCCUCCCGUCUCUCUGAGCUCUUUACUACCCAACACUCUGCGCGUGAAUCGACCACCCUACCUCACCCACAGAAUCUUCGAGCACGUCCUUCCGGAUCUCUAUGAGAGGGCCAAGGAGCUCAGUAAUCCCAUGCAGCCCGAGGGAGCCGUGGGCUACGAUCGGCGCUACUACGACAGUCCCACGCUCAUCAGGUGCCUGUGCAGUCGCCCCGAGCCUCGGGGUCUCCCUCCCAUGAAUUUGAAGGGGGUGAGGGAGGGCGAGUCCUGGAUGGAUGGCCGCUGCUGUGCCAGACUGCUGGUGGAACUGAACGCCCCGCUGGUGGACUAUUCCAGACUUCGUCGUGGUGGGAAACACCCUUCCAGGGGAAUGAAAAUCCUUAAGGGAUUGAGGAAGAUCAAGAAAUCAGUGAAGAACUCCCGAUGGAUGCGUCCCAGGGCCAGGAUUCUACUCUAUUCGGAAUCGGAGUUGGAAUUGGAGGAGUUGGCGAGUCCAAGAAUGAACCUGAAACCUGAAGAUGAUGAAGCCGAGGAGGCGAAGGCCUCCGAUGAUUUUCCGCUUGGCUUGGCCUCGCAGCAGCCUGGCAACCUGUUGGCAACUCAUUAA